UGUCACAAAGUCAUCUAUCUAGUUGUCGCGUGCUGCCGAAGACUAAGGAUAGUCCCUCAAAAGUGAAGAUAAAACAUCAGCACUCGCGGUGCCGACCUCGAUUUGUCUCGGACAUUCUACAGCUGAAACCCAUCAUUACUGAACUCUUAUGAAAAUGAACGGUGGCAAAAAGAAGAUGGAGGACGAGGCCGUGCUGGACCGAGGGGCCUCAUUCCUCAAACACGUCUGUGAUGAAGAGGAGGUAGAAGGUCACCACACCAUCUACAUCGGAGUGCAGAUGCCCAAGAGCUACCGGCGUCGGAGACGUCAACGCCGGAGAGGCAGCCACAAGGACAGGAAGGAUCAUCUGACGGAGAACGCCUCUGACAGGUCCAACACAGAAAACAACGAUGAGGCCAGCAACAGCAUCCUCAAACCGCUCAUCUCUCCAGCGGGCGAGAGGAUCCGCAUUAUGCUGGGAGAGGAUGAUGAUGGACCGUCACCACCUCAACUCUUCACUGAGCUGGAUGAGCUGCUCUCUGUGGAUGGGCAGGAGAUGGAGUGGAAGGAGACAGCCAGGUGGAUUAAGUUUGAGGAGAAGGUGGAGAAGGGAGGAGAGCGUUGGAGUAAACCCCACGUGGCCACGCUGUCGCUCCACAGUCUGAUGGAGCUGCGGACCUGCAUCGAGAAAGGAACCAUCAUGCUGGAACUGGAGGCCUCCACGCUGCCACAGGUCGUUGAGUUGAUCACAAACAGCCAGAUAGAGAGCGGUCUGCUGAAGGCGGAGCUAAAGGACAAGGUGACGUACACGUUGCUACGGAAACAUCGCCACCAGACGAAGAAGUCCAACCUGCGCUCGCUAGCUGACAUCGGCAAGACGGUCUCCAGUGCAAGCAGUCCGACCACCACACAUCGGAACCUGGCCUCAAGCAGCUUGAACGACAUCUCCGACAAACCAGAGAAAGACCAGCUGAAGAACAAGUUCAUGAAGAAGCUUCCCCGAGACGCCGAGGCAUCCAACGUUCUUGUUGGAGAGGUAGACUUCCUGGACGCCCCCUUUGUGGCAUUUGUCCGUCUACAGCAGGCCGUGAUGCUGGGAGCUCUUACAGAAGUCCCUGUCCCCACCAGAUUCCUGUUCAUCCUUUUAGGACCCAAAGGAAAAGCCAAGUCCUAUCAUGAGAUAGGAAGAGCUAUCGCCACCCUCAUGUCAGAUGAGGUGUUCCAUGACAUAGCGUACAAGGCGAAGGACAGAGAGGAUCUGCUGGCUGGCAUCGACGAGUUUCUGGAUGAGGUGAUCGUUCUGCCCCCGGGGGAAUGGGACCCGGCCAUCAGGAUAGAACCGCCCAAGUCUGUACCCUCUGCUGACAAGAGGAAGAACAUGUACGGUGGAGGCGACAGCGGACAGAUGAACGGAAACACUCCCCAUGAUGGGGGAGGAGGGGGAGGGGGGCACGCCGUGGGAGACGAGCUCAAGAAGACAGGCAGGUUUUGUGGAGGCCUCCUACUUGACAUCAAAAGGAAAGCUCCAUUCUUCGCCAGUGAUUUCUACGAUGCGUUCCACAUCCAGGCACUGUCGGCCAUCCUGUUCAUCUACCUAGGAACCGUAACUAACGCCAUCACCUUCGGAGGGUUGCUAGGAGACGCCACCGACAACAUGCAGGGUGUGUUGGAGAGCUUCCUGGGCACGGCGGUAUCUGGAGGGAUCUUCUGUCUGCUGGCUGGCCAGCCUCUCACCAUCCUCAGCAGCACCGGACCUGUUCUGGUCUUCGAGAGGCUACUCUUCAACUUCAGCAAAGACAAUGACUUUGACUAUAUGGAGUUCCGGCUGUGGAUUGGUCUGUGGUCUGCGUUCUUUUGUCUGCUGCUGGUUGCUACUGACGCCAGCUACAUGGUUCAGUACUUCACCCGAUUCACAGAGGAGGGCUUCUCCUGCCUCAUCUCCUUCAUCUUCAUCUAUGAUGCCUUCAAGAAGAUGCUGAAGCUGGCCGACUACUACCCCAUCAACUCUGACUACCAGAUUGACUAUGUCACCCAGUAUGACUGUAUGUGUAUGGCCCCUACCAUCUUAGAAAACAGUACGUUGUUUGGAGAUCCUCUGGAUGCUGAGAGCACUGCUGUCUGGUACUUCAACAACACUGAUCUACCUCUGAAUGCCACGUGGUCGUCCCUGUCUAAGAAGGAUUGUCUGAAGUAUGGAGGAGAGCUGGUGGGGAAGGCAUGUAAAUAUGUUCCUGACAUCACUCUGAUCUCCUUCAUCCUUUUCCUGGGAACCUAUACUACCUCCAUGAUGCUGAAGAAGUUCAAGACCAGUCCUUUCUUCCCUACAUGGGUGAGGAAACUAAUCAGUGACUUUGCCAUUAUUUUGGCCAUCCUGAUCUUCUGCGGUGUGGACAUGCUAGUAGGAGUGAACACUCCCAAGCUCAUAGUCCCAACUGAAUUCAAGCCAACGAGCCCCAACCGUGGCUGGUUUGUUCCCCCGUUCGGAGGCAAUCCUUGGUGGGUGUACGUGGUGUCAGCACUGCCUGCCCUGCUGGUCACCAUCCUACUCUUCAUGGACCAGCAGAUAACCGCUGUCAUCGUCAACAGGAAGGAGCACAUGCUGAAGAAAGGCGCGGGCUACCACCUGGACCUGUUCUGGGUUGCGGUGCUGAUGAUUGUGUGUUCCUUCAUGGGGUUGCCAUGGUACGUGGCGGCGACGGUCAUCUCAAUCGCUCACAUAGACAGUCUGAAGAUGGAGACAGAGACAUCCGCCCCUGGAGAAAUGCCCAAGUUCCUGGGCGUGAGGGAGCAGCGAGUCACUGGUAUGUGUGUGUUCAUUCUGACGGGGCUGUCUGUCUUUAUGUCUCCCAUCCUCAAGUUCAUCCCCAUGCCAGUGCUGUAUGGAGUGUUCCUCUACAUGGGCGUGGCCUCUCUUAACGGAGUGCAGUUCAUGGACCGUCUCCAGCUGCUCCUGAUGCCAGCUAAGCACCAACCUGACCUUGUGUACCUGCGCCAUGUUCCUCUGAGGAAGGUCCACCUGUUUACCUUCAUCCAGAUCCUGUGUCUGGCGUUGCUCUGGGUCCUCAAGUCCACCGUGGCCGCGAUUAUCUUCCCUGUCAUGAUCCUGGCCCUGGUGGCGGUGAGGAAGACGAUGGACUACAUGUUCUCUCAACACGAGCUGAGCUUCCUGGAUGAUGUCAUCCCUGAGAAGGACAAGAAGAAGAAGGAGGACGCUAAGCAGAAGAAGAAGAUGAGGAGCAUUGACAGUGACAUAGAGGAUGAGAUAAAUCCUCAUCAUUCCUGGAUCGACACUCAUCGUGCUGAGCAGCUGCUCUUCUAUCAGGCCAACUGUCAGUCAAGUCCAGAGAUGAGUCCACUCAACGUGCCUCAGAUUAGGAUCGAGAUGGACCCUGAUGACAACGGUUACCGCUGGAAGAGCCGAGGGUCUGAGACCUCUCUGUAGCCCCUACAUCUCAACAGCCCCAAGACCCUCGUCCACGCCCCAAGACCCUCGUCCACGCCCCAAGACCCUCGUCCACGCCCCAAGACCCUCGUCCACGCCCCAAGACCCUCGUCCAUGCCCCAAGACCCUCGUCCACGCCCCAAGACCCUCCUCCAUGCCUCAAGACCAUCCUCCAAGUCCCAAGACUCUCGUCCACGCCCCAAGACCCUCGUCCACGCCCUAAGACCCUCCUUCAUGCCCCAAAACCCUCGUCCACGCCCCAAGACCCUCCUUCAUGCCCCAAGACCCUCCUUCAUGCCCCAAGACCCUCGUCCACGCCCUAAGACCCUCCUUCAUGCCCCAACACCCUCUUCCAUGCCCCAAGACCCUCGUCCACGCCCUAAGACCCUCCUUCAUGCCCCAAAACCCUCGUCCACGCCCCAAGACCCUCCUCCACGCCCCAAGACCCUCCUCCACGCCCCAAGACCCUCCUCCACGCCCCAAGACCCUCCUCCACGCCCCAAGACCCUCCUCCAAGCCCCAAGACCCUCCUCCACGCCCUAAGACCCUCCUUCAUGCCCCAAAACCCUCCUCCAAGCCCCAAGACCCUCCUCCACGCCCCAAGACCCUCCUCCACGCCCCAAGACCCUCCUCCACGCCCCAAGACCCUCCUCCACGACCCAAGACCCUCCUCCACGCCCCAAGACCCUCCUCCACGCCCCAAGACCCUCCUCCACGCCCCAAGACCCUCCUCCACGCCCCAAGACCCUCCUUCAUGCCCCAAGACCCUCGUCCACGCCCAAAGACCCUCGUCCAUGCCCCUAGACCCUCGUCCACGCCCCAAGACCCUCCUUCAUGCUCCAAGACCCUCGUCCAUGCCCAAAGACCCUCGUCCAUGCCCCUAGACCCUCGUCCACGCCCCAAGACCCUCCUUCAUGCCCCAAGACCCUCCUCACACAAACACUCAUCACCAACAAUACUCACACUUGAAUUGUUUUAAACAAUUAUUAUUUGCUUUCUGUUUUCCAAAAACCAAUAAUGAAAAUAGUGAAUAUCUGAAACUUGACUUGGUGAAGGGAGCAGUUGAGCCUCCCAGGGAUCAACCAAUAGGAAGAGGAGAACAUUGUUUCAUCACUAGAUCUUUCCGUUUUUACAGCUACUGCUGUAGGUUCAUCUGUCUUCCUGUGUCUGACACAUCUAACUCCUUUCUACUGUUCUAUGGUUCUACUGUUCUACUGUUCUAUGGUCCUACUGUUCUACGGCUCUAUGGUUCUGCUGUUCUAUGGUUCUAUUGUUCUAUGGUUCUACUGUUCUACUGUUCUAUGGUCCUACUGUUCUACGGCUCUAUGGUUCUGCUGUUCUAUGGUUCUACUGUUCUACGGCUCUAUGGUUCUGCUGUUCUAUAGUUCUACUGUUCUAUGGUUCUACUGUUCUACUGUUCUAUGGUCCUACUGUUCUAUGGUUCUACUGUUCUACUGUUCUACUGUUCUAUGGUCCUACUGUUCUAUGGUUCUACUGUUCUAUGGUUCUACUGUUCUAUGGUUCCACUGUUCUACUGUUCUAUGGUCCUACUGUUCUACGGCUCUAUGGUUCUGCUGUUCUAUAGUUCUACUGUUCUAUGGUUCUACUGUUCUACUGUUCUAUGCUUUUACGGUUCUACGGUUCUACUGUUCUUCUGUUCUACGUUUCUGCUGUUCUAUGGUUCUGCUGUUGAACACAGUUGUGUUCUCAUUGUUAGAGAAGCAUGUAGAACCCAUUCUGCUCCUUUUUUAUAUUUAGUUCUUCGUCUCAUUUAUUAGAAUUAUAAAAGGAAUUGCGGAAAGUAAUAUUCUGAUUGAUUUUGUAGCUCUACCUCUUAUUUUAUCUGCCAGACGGUGUGUGUUCAUUUCUCUAGAUGGACACAGCAUGGCAUAUAGUUUAUGUCUUCUGUUCUUUUACCUCUUGAGAUUAAAUAUAAUAUAACAUCAGAGAAAUACAUGUGACAUAGAGAUAUAAUAUAAUUAUUGCAAUAUAAAGUUAAUUCACUUUUAAACAAUGUUUGGUAUUUUGUUUGUCUAGAUGCAUAUUUUAUAUCCCUUUUUCCCACUGGAGUUGUGAUUGUAACACUUUACUGUUAACUGUAAUGACCCUCCGUGAGACACACAGAUACAGCAGCACUCAGAGAGACGUCAGUUUGGUUGGACCUGACAUGUUGCAGAGCAGCCUUAAGUCUGACCAAUGAAGUAGGACAUUGAAAUGAAGUGUCUCUGAGUGCUGCAGUAUCCGUGUGUCUCACAGAGGGUCUUCCUCUGUUUUGAACAAUUAUUAUUUUGUACUUGUGUUAAAUAUCCACCAUAAUGUAUGUUUGAUAAGGGGAAGAGGUUUCAGAAUCCGGUCUUCCCAAUGUAACCUGCAUGUCAGAGUAAUAACUGGUCUACUCCAGACUCCAGUCUUCCCAGUGUAACCUGCAUGUCGUACUAAGACCUCCAUCCCAAAGUCUGAAGGUCACACCAUGACCAAUGUCGUCUGGGCACAGCUUGCAGACGUCCUAUUGCUUCUGACCACAGAACAUUGGCCUCCAUUUUCUUUCAGUUUCCUGAGGGUUCUACAUGUGGAAUUGUCAGAGUUAGUGGAUACCCAGCAUGUGAUCUGUUGUUCAUGGCUGUUUGUUACGGCCCUGUCCUUUACAGAGAGAGUUUGGACAGCGGUUCAGGGGACACAGUGAUGAUUCAGAAUGAUGGCUGUUUUAACUAAUAGCAUCAUAAUGUUGACUGAUUGUCUGGCUGACUGACUAUCUGACUGUCUAAAUUACUAUCUGACUGUCUAAAUUACUAUCUGACUGUCUAAAUUACUAUCUGACUGUCUAAAUUACUGUCUGACUAACUUACGGACGGACUGUCUAAAUGACUGUCUGACUGACUGUCUAAAUGACUGACUGACUGACUGUCUAAAUGACUGACUGACUGACUGUCUAAAUGACUGACUGACUAACUGUCUAAAUGACUGACUGACUGACGGACUGACUGUCUUUAUGGUGCUGUCCUUUGCAGAGGAUGUUUAGACAGCGGUUCAGGGGACACAGUGAUGCUGUUUCUGAUCACAACCCAUUGAUAAUGAUGGUUAUUUUAUCUAAUAGCACCAUAAUGUUGACUGACUGUCUAAAUUACUGACUGACUGACUGACUAACUAAAUGACUGACUGACUGGAUGUCUAAAUUACUGACUGACUGACUGACUAACUAAAUGACUGACUGACUGACUGUCUAAAUUAAUGUCUGACUGACUGACUAACUAAAUGACUGACUAACUAAAUGACUGACUGACUGACUGGCUGUCUAAAUUACUGUCUGACUGGCAAACUGUCUAAAUGACUGUGCACGUUCGAGCGGUUCACUUUUAUCAAGUCUUCCAAAGUGUAUUGCAUUAUGAGGGGAAAAAAUGUGCGACUUGCACCUACUGCAUGAACUUUACAAAACCAUGUGAUCAAAGGUCAUGAACUUUUGGCUUCAGUCGACAGCAAGUUUCUGUAGUUGCUUUGUACCAACCUGAUCCUGCAUUGAGGGUGGGUCUAUUGUCAACCAAUCAUUAGGUUUUUGUUUUUUUUGACCCACGCGAACAUGACAAAGGACGUGACUGAAACAGGAAACAGCGUUGCCACGAUUCAUGUAUUAAGUGUAUAUUUAGGUGAUAAUGGCCUGAGAAGUCGGUGUUUGGAGGAUAUAAAGGGUGUUGUUAACGUGUCAAUAUAUCCUCCAAACACCGGCUUUUAUCACUUUCAUAUAACAGGUUACCAACAUAUUCGUAUAAUGAUUGACAUUUUAAUUAAAAACUUUAUUUUGAUGAAUUGAUUUAUACCUUCAUCCUUCCAUGAGAUAUAGUCCCGACGCAAAUCUAAAGUUGCUACCCAAGCCGCCUGGUCGUUCGUUCUAUCGGUUCGGUUGCCAGAGACUCGACCCAGUCAUUCAGUCUUUAUGUUCUGUAUGGUUUUUUUCUAAAUGUUCCAUUGACAUACUGGCUGGCAACAUUCUUAUCCCAUGCUUGCUAGUUAACCAAAUACAGCUAACUCACAGUUAUGUCAAACAGUACAGCCAGAAUAACAGCAAAUUACCUUCAAUUGCGUUCGUUUAAGCUAUUUCUAGUGACAUUUAUUUGGAUACAUCCAUAGCAAUGAGCUAAUGGUGAGCGAUUUCGCCUGGAAUGGAAAAUGUGCUCUCUCGUCAGGACUGUUGUUCAGAGGAGCUGCAAAGACUAAAAUCCAGCUGCUUUUCGUUUCGUUUUACCUGUUUUCCAUCGACAUUUCUCUGUAUAGAUCCAUAAAAUGAUGCUGAUUCAUGACUGAGAAAAGCUGCCUGCCUGCCUGUCUGUCUCCUUCUGACUCCCGACACGUUCAAUACUACGGGACAUCUGGAGAUUGAAUUUAACAUUGAAACAAUGUUGCAAAUGUCGGAGAGAAUCUCCACUGUUGAAAACUAAAUGUUAGUGAAAAGAAAAUUUGAGAUAAUGUCUAGAUGCUUUUUUAUAGUGGAAAUCAAGUGUAUAAAUUGCCUGGCUGGGCUGAUGAGACAGUCAGAUGGAACAGAGUCUAAAUAGGCAUUUCAACGUCAUAGCUUCAGCCGCUGGUAACUUGUGGAACAGACAACGUCUAGAAUGUGGUUUUAACCAAUCAGCAUCCAGGAUUAGAACCACCCGUUGUAUACGUACAACUUUAUAUGUGUUGGGCUCUCUUUCACCAAUUGAUAGCACAAUGUAAACACAUACAUUUACAGUUUGUGAUUGUGUGAUAUGGGGGUUGGAGAAAUGUUUAUAUCAACAUUAUAAAGAGCAACUUUUAUAAACAAUGGCAACACUGCCAUGUUGUACUGAGCUUUGCUGUCCAAAAACCACAUCAGUGUCCCACUCCAACUUCACUCCUCAACUUUCGUCUACAGUCGGUUGACCUUACCACAAAUGAGCCCACUGACUGACUGACUGACUGACUGACUGUCUGACUGGCUGGCUGACACUGUCUGACUGACUGACUGACUGGCUGGCUGACUGGCUGGCUGACACUGUCUGACUGACUGUCUGGCUGGCUGGCUGACUAUCUGACUGGCUGGCUGACUGACUGACUGGCUGGCUGACACUGUCUGACUGACUGUCUGGCUGGCUGGCUGACUAUCUGACUGGCUGGCUGACACUGUCUGACUGACUGUCUGGCUGGCUGGCUGACUGGCUGGCUAACACUGUCUGACUGACUGGCUGGCUGGCUGGCUGGCUGGCUGACUAUCUGACUGGCUGUCUGACUGUCUGACUGACUGUCUGACUGGCUGUCUGUCUGACUGUCUGUCUGUCUGUUUGUCUGUCUAACGCGACUGCUCAAGCUCCCUCUGUAUCCAGUCAGUCUGGACCAGUGAGUCCGAUAUUCAGAAAGCGUCUCAGAGUAGGAGCGCUGAUCUAGGAUCAGUUCCUUCCAGUUUAUGUUAUCCUAUUAAUUAUGAUGGACAAACUGAUCCUAGAUCAAGACUGUGAGAUCCAUUACAGUUUAUGUUAUCCUAUUAAUUAUGAUGGACAAACUGAUCCUAGAUCAGGACUGUGAGAUCCAUUCCAGUGUAUGUUCUCCUAUUAAUUAUGAUGGACAAACUGAUCCUAGAUCAGGACUGUGAGAUCCAUUCCAGUUUAUGUUAUCCUAUUAAUUAUGAUGGACAAACUGAUCCUAGAUCAGUAGUCCUACUGUGAGAUCCUUUAUGAAUACGGUCCAGGUUUCUCCUCUACAUAUCUGUACAUACAUAACCGCAUGUUGGACCACCAAGAUGCAAUAGGUAAACUUUUAUCUUUGUCAUUGUGGUCAUUUGUUUCUUUCAAGAUAUCUGUAGAUCAACACGUAACAGUAUGCUAGUGUACUGUAUUUUCAGAAUCAAUGUUUUAACCAUAGUCAGUGGAAAUGAGUGUGACUUAUGUCUGGGACAUAUUAUGGAGGUAGUUAGUUCAACUUGAUUGAAGUACAUUAAGCAUGUUGGACCGAUUCUAAAACAUGUAACAAGCAAAAAAAAGUGUUAAAUUAAAAAAAGUUAAUUUUAGUGUAUUACAUACUAACCCUUUUUAAUUGACUUUUGUGACUUUUAGGACAAAACCGUUUGAAAUUAUUAAUUUUAGAAUUUAUAUUUUUUAAAUGAAAUGCAUAUUAAAAAUAAACUGAAUUUAUCAAA